AUGCCUCCGCAGAUGAAGAACAGUGGCUCAAUAAGUACACUUGAGCGAUUUUCGGAUGAGCCCUCGAGACAAGGAGACCCGGCGAUCCCUAUGAGGCAGCAGAGUGACCAGUCAGAAAUCUCCUUCCCUGGCUUUCCCCAGUUCUCUCCAGAUGAUAUCGACUUACUUGUUUCAGACGACUAUUGCCAUGUGUCAGAACUGUCCGAGUCGGAAUAUGAUGCACUCGUCACACUCUACCAUGAGUCAGUCCUGGCCUCAGAUUCAGAGAACCAAGGCGAUUUCCCACGCCGCGAAAUCAUCAAUGCGUUUGUGCAGCUGUACUUUGAGUUCUUCCAUUUAGGCUUCCACCUUCUGCAUCAAGACGCCUUUCAACGCCAACAGAGGUCCUCUUGUCUCUACCUCGCUGUUGCUGCAAUAGGCGCCCAAUACUCGAGGGUCACAUCUCGCGGGCAAUGCAGCCUUGCUCUCUUGGAGAUCUUACGGCGCGCCUUACUUAACAAUGUAGGUUUUCUCGUCAGUUCCUCCUUUCAUCUCUUUUGCCCUAGUCCGGAAGACAUUGAAUACCAACAUUGGACCUUCUUUGAUCUUGCUCCUUUGAUAUCGAUUUCGGAACUACGUGCCUGUACGCCCUGCGACGAUGAGCUCUGGCAAAGCUUCCAUCUUAAUGAAAAAGGGGACUUGAUGCAAGCAUUUACUUUGACACCUCAUUCACCCAGUGUUUUGGAUGUCCUCAGUGAAAGGAACUCGGGUAAUGAACUCACCUGUUUCUUAGGAAGCUCGGCAUCUUUGAUUGUCAUGGUUUCGGCGUACGCAAAGGAGCGAAGUCUCUUCCAACUUCUGAGACCAGCAGCUAUGGGUGGCACCAAAAAUAAUUCAGACACUGCUCUUGAUGCUAUGUGCGCGGUUCAUUCUCACCAAACAACUAUGCUCGCAGAGCAGGCAAUAUCAAACGUUGCUGGAAAGCUCCAAGAACAGCGACUGGCACCGGAUGAAACUUCUUCCGCAUUCGUGAUUUUCUCUGCUAUGAAAAAGAUUUACUCUAUAUCCAGGAUCUUGGAUCAUAUUCCAUAUACGCUGUUGUAUGUCUCCUCUGGUUGGAUGUCAUCAAAAAAGGAUACCGAAACCAGUCUGGCAAAUCUGACAACACGACUACGAGAUGAUCCUCGAAAUUCCAGAAGAACACUGACUUAUGCGGCCCAAUUAUUCCGCCGCGUCCGAAACCAAAAGUGGCUUGAGGCAUGUGAUCCGCUUUAUGUGCUCCUCGCAACGCUAUAUAUAUGGUUCUAUGGAAGCACAUUUGAUACGUCAUCGGAGGACCCUGACAGCGCAACCUGGCCACCAUUGAAGAUUGAUGAUGAGUCCAUUGAUGAGACUGCCUGGCUGCAAUGGGUGGACACUGGCGAUAAGAGAAGACCUCACAUUGGCGGCAUAGGCUUUUUGAAUGGCAAAGCGAACGGUCAUCGUGUACUGAAAGAGGCCAUUCGGAUUCUUGCUAAAGAUCAAGGCUGGCAGCACUUUGCUCAUGCAGUCGCGGGCUCGCUUCAACGAAUAUUGUCUGGUCUUGCUCCUUCCUUCAAGGAUAUUUAG